UGCAUCUUCCACUGAAUUGGCCCUUGUUUCAACACCAAACCAGGACAAAAACACAAACACCUUCUGGGUGCAGUGCCAACGCUUCAUUGUCCAAAAGGAACAACAAGAUUUACAUCGAAGUUUGAAACUCUCUUGUCUUAGCAGCAAGAUUUUUUUGAGAGUUUGAGACUUUUCAGGCAACAAUUGUUAUUGGUAUGCAAAUCUCGCCACUUCGUGUAAUUGGGUUCCAUUGGAUAAUUAGUAAUGGUCAGUAGAUCAUCGACUAGAUUCUUGAAUAUUUGUAUAGCUUCUUUUUGCAAAGCCAAGCAUUUACAAAGAGCAGAAACUGUGAUUAUUGAUGGUGUAAGACUAGGUGUUUUGCCUGAUGUUGUUACUUACAAUACAUUGAUCAAUGCUUACUCUCGUUUUGUUAGUUUUGAUGCUGCUUAUUCAGUACUUGAUAGAAUGAAAGAAGCCAGUAUAAAACCUGAUAUUGUUACUUACAAUUCUUUGAUUGCUGGUGCCAUGAGGCAUUGUUUGUUGUCGAAUUGUAUGGAUUUGUUUGAAGAAAUGCUUGAGUUGGGGAUAAAACCUGAUAUUUGGAGUUAUAAUACUUUGAUGCAUUGUUUUUUUAAGCUAGAAAGACCUGAUGACGCAUAUCGGGUAUUUACGGAUAUUAUACUUUGUUAUUUAUCACCUUCUCAAGCUACGUAUAAUACUAUGCUUAAUGGGCUUUGCAAGUGUGGUUUUGUGGAGAAUGCGCUCAUGUUGUUUAGGAAAUUAAAGAGACAUGGGUUUGUUCCUUCAUUGGUUACUUAUAAUAUUCUUAUUAAUGGGUUGUGUAAAGCUUGGAAAUUGAAGACAGCUAGGUGGAUGCUCAAGGAGCUUGGUGCAUCUGGACUUGUUCCAAAUGUUAUAACGUAUACUACAGUCAUGAGGUGUUGCUUUAGAUCUAGGAGGUUUGAACAAGGGCUUGAGAUAUUUGAAGAGAUGAUUGAUAAGGGAUAUACCUUUGACGGUUUUGCAUAUUGCACAGUUGUUGGUGCUUUGGUCAAGACUUGUAGGAUUGAAGAAGCAAGUCAUUAUAUGGAGCGGAUGGUGAACACUGACAUUGGUCUUGAUAUGGCAUCUUAUAAUACACUCAUUAAUUUGUAUUGUAAAGGUGGUAAGUUGGAAAUGGCACAUGGAGUACUUGAUAAAAUGGAAAAGGAAGGUUUUGAACGUGAUGAGUAUACAAACACGAUUCUGAUGAAUGGGUUGUGUGAGGAAGGUGAUGUUGAGGGCGCCAUGGAGUAUAUGAAUGUAGCGGGUUUCAAUUCAAACUUGGUUGCUUUAAACACCAUGGUUGAUAGGUGUUGUAAAGCUGAUCGGAUUGAUUAUGCUUUUAAAAUCUUUGAUUCAAUGGAUAUGAGGGAUUCUUUUACCUACUCCUCCUUGAUUCACAAUCUUUGCAAGGUUGGAAGGUUCCGUUGUGCAUCCAAGCUCUUGCUCUCUUGUGUAAGAAGUGGCACGAGAAUACUCCCAUCUGCUAAGCGUGCGGUUUUUGAUUGUCUUCGUCAUUCUGGUCAUCAAAGAGAAGCAAAGAGACUUAAAUCAGAAAUUAAAUUGGCUCUUUCUGCAGUUGUUUAGGUUCACUAUGGAGUUGGAACAUUUUUCUGGUGAAACUCAUUCAAUUUAUUGGUCAUUUACAAGGUAAAUGCAAAUGCCACUUUUGUUAAAGUAGAAAUGUAAACAUUCACAGUUAUCUUUGGAGCUCCAACAAGAACACUUUUUUGGCUAAUAAGAACUAUUGUAAAAAGAUACAGAUUGGUCUAUUGAAGCAGGGUAAUGGAAAAUGAAUAUUAUUCAUGUAUCACCAUUGUAACAUUGCUCUUGACUAGAGCAUUUUUGGCCUAAUCUACUCUUGCUGAAGAAAGGACAUAUUACCAACCAUGCAAACAUUGAUGGAUGACAGAAGAACAAACACAUGACAGUUUUUUGGUGAUCUCACAGGUGAAACUCUUUAUAUGUCAAUGAUGAUAUUGUUGUAAUGGAAAAUGAAUAUUAUUCAUGUAUCACCAUUGUAACAUUGCUCUUGACUAGAGCAUGUUUGGCCUAAUCUACUCUUGCUGAAGAAAGGACAUAUUACCAACCAUGCAAACAUUGAUGGAUGACAGAAGAACAAACACAUGACAGUUUUUUGGUGAUCUCACAGGACUGCCGGGCAAUACCUGCAUGACUUAAAUAUGAUUUAUGGUGUGUAACAAUUUGCAGAUGGGCUACGUUGAUUCAACUUAUUGACAUGAAGAUCUUAUGAUCAACGUUACCUGGCAAACAGAAAAUGGCAAGGCUUAGUUGCAAUGGGCCAAAUUUUCUUGACUCCACCUUCUGUUCAGAUAUCAGUAUUUGUGGGUCCCAUCUGGGAUUCACAGAUGUUGCUAUCUGGUACAAAAUAUGCACAACCUGUAGAACUGAGUUUUUACCAGUGGAGAUGUCCUUCAGUGAGAAAGAGGGGAGACAACAAUGUGAAGGGUUUUAGUUUCCGUUGGCACUUUUCUGGGCUUCCUCUGAUCAAAUAUUUCUGGAAUGGACUUUGGGAGUACAUUUUGAGGUCUUAGCUGGUCAUCCAACAACAAAGAAGGACUAGCUUUCAAUGAUGGAUAGCCCAAUGAUCGAAUUUAAUUUGUACCUUGUUCUUUCUCUCUUUUUUUCUUUGUUAGGGUGCUUGGGGGUUGCAAAUCUACCUUCCUGUCUUGACAUAUAUUGGUUAAGAUUCCAAGGAUGAGCACUUAGCUGGUGAUGCAAUAUGUGAUCUACACUUAAUAAAGAAGUUAUCUUCAGUUUUGCCAA